ACGCUUUUGUCAGCUGAUGUCGGCAUCACAUGACGCUCCUGCCCAGUUUGCAAGCUUCGCUGUCGAGUAGUCUGAACUAUUCAUUGCUGCCACUCAAUAACCUUUCCAUUGACAGUAUUCAACUGCUCUCACUACUGUUUCUGAAGGAAGUUUACAACAUGUUGGGGUCCACCAAAAGGCACCCAGCGACGGCAUAGGGCGGUGCCGUACAUUGAAUCAACGCGAAACUGAAAGCAGUACGACUUUUGAGCGGGAACAGCCCACCGCGAACAUGGCCUCGCUGCACGAGGAGUCGUUCUACUGCAUCCCGGAGACAAAGCUGAGCCUGCCCGAGCGGCCGGCGUACUGCGGGGUGGCCAUCGGCGCGGCGGUGCUGGGGCUCGGCGGGGCCGGCUGGCAGGUGGUGCGGUGGCGGGGGCGGCUCGCAGGGGCAGCGCAGCGGCGGAGACCGUCCCCCAACCCCGUCAUCGUGUUCUGUCUCGCCCUGUCAGACUUCAUGGCCUGCAUAGGAGUGAUAGCCCGGGCCGUCGGCAUCCUUGUGAUAGACCCACCGCUAGAACUGGGCCCUGGCGUCUACGUACCAGCACAGGGCAUCAUGGCGAUAUAUACGGGCAGUACUAUAGAGAUCAUUAACCUGUACUUCUACAGCGCCACGUACAUAUGGACUCUGGUGUACGCGAUAGACAUAACCAUGCAGCUCAAAAACAUCGACGUCCCGAUGUCUCUGUACCACGUGCUGUGCUGGACAGCCCCGGUAGUGUUUGUGGGGCUGAGCAUGUUCAGCGUCUUCUUCGAUGUGCCCUUGGCCCCGGGAGGGGACAUUCAGCAGUGCGCCUCAGGGUUCCACCUGGUGUUACACUACAUCUUCUCGUACACGCCGAUCGUCACUGUCAUGCUGGCCAACCCAGCCAUCUACAUCACUGCCUCUAGGCUAAUUGAGCUCACAGUACCGCCCAUGCUCGGCAGAUACACGCAGAGAGAGCGGCAGGUCAUCUCCGCUAUCAAAAUCAAGUUCCUCCUCAUUGUAGUGGUCUUCACUCUGUGCUGGCUGCCUAACGUCAUCGACGGGGUGAUUCAAAUCGCCAACCUGAUCCAAGGCGAGCGCAUCGGGGACAGGUUCUUAGCUUUAUGGAUCAUCGAGGCUGCCCUGAACCCGCUGCAGGGCCUGUUGAACUGCCUGGCCUACGGGCCCGCCACCUUCCAGCAGUGGCUGAUGGGAAGGUCUGGCUGGCUGCUCAGGAGGCGACCACCCGUCAACCUCCACCCCAGGGAGGCCGACCCGCUACUGAGGUGAUGUGUCACAGGAGGAACACUAGAACACCCCGGUCUCGACUCACUUGAACCAAACAGACCACAGCAUUACAGACCUUGAAGUCCCUGGCAUCGAGAAACUCCGUUACACAGGAAAUAAAGACUCCACAAGACAAGGCAACGCCGCUUACAACGGGAAUCCUGCUGGAUACACCGACUUACGACUUAGGACAGUACAUCGAGAGGGCCUGAACCGGGAGUCCUUAGAGAUCACAGGGGUUUAAAGAACAGCAGCCUCGUCGUGACAGUAACCGAAAGAACACUUAAAUUGUUGUGGUUCUACAUAAGUGCAUGGCGGUCAUGUACGCCUCAGCUACGUCUUUGACAUUUUACUAUCAGUAGAGUAUGGCUCUGAAAACAAAACAAAACGGAAUCGAAAAAUGAACAGGACGCGUGUAUACCUGGAUGUGUCCAUAUCCCAGUACUAUCUAAGGAGAGAGUGUUGAUUUGGUUAGUGAGUCCGUGAACAGGGUAACUAAAAAAGUAAGAAAUGGACUUCUCUGAUUGCUGAUCGCACAGUAGAUAGGUAUGUAAAAAGGUACUUUCUAGGAAGGAAUCUACGUCCGUAUGAAGGAUGUUUUAAUGCUGCUGAAGAUUCUUAUUAGUAUUGGUGCAACAGUGUAGGUCUUUGAACCUUCGGGAUCCUUUGGGACUGCAAUUUUCAAGCAUGUAAUACAUUUGUAUAAGGGCUUAAUGAGAGGUGGGGUAAAGCAUAAGGACAAAUAACUGUUAUAGAUCUGCUUGUUUUGUGUCGGUAGAUUUGGCAUUCUCUGAAGAUCCUGAGGCCCGGGGAGAUACACGUUGAUGCAUGGUGACGUUACAAUACAUCUGUGGUUUCAUUUCUGCUGUUGUCUGCUACACGUACAUGUAUCUCCAAGCAGAUAUAAGGAUCGGGCUCAUUCUCA